AUAAAUUUUUAUAUGCAUGAUUUAUUUAUAAAUAUAUUAUGCCCAUAUAGAGAUUACACAGUGGGUCUGGUUUCCUGUGGAUGACAGCUGUAGCGGUCAGUAGACUGGGCUGGGGGUGGACUGACCAUUUGGAAACUCGGGCACUGCCCGAGGGCCCGGGGUCAGUAGGGGGCCCCAUGAGAUGCCCCUGGUACCUUUUUCAUAGACUUUUUUGAGUUUGGGCAAGGACACAGGGGCCCCAUGAUCCCCUAUUGCCCGGGGGCCCCAUGAGUUGUCAGUCCACCCCUGUUCCUUAGUG